AUGGCAGAAAACGAAGCAGGGACUGUAAACGCAAACGGUCCAUCACAUAGAUUUUCUGAGUCUUCUACUGUUUCAGGAAAUAGAAGUCGUGAACAGAGUAGGCAGAUAACAUCGCACCGGCCAUCGAAACCAAAUGUCUUCGUAAGAUUUAUUAGAGCAGUAUUUGGGUAUCGGAAGACUUCAGUUACGUUAUUUGUAUUCUUAACUAUCAUAUCCACGUUGGUUUUGGUGGAAUUGAGUAAUAGUCUUGAUUUUUCGGUUAGAUUACCUACGGACAAGUUGGAAAGUACCAUUUUAAAUAACUCAUGGUUAGACUUACAGAGAAUCGGUAGAGGAGAGCAUCCAUAUAGCUCCAAAGGAAAUGAUUAUGUUCAUGAUUAUCUCGAAGCAAGAAUUACGGAAUUGGUAGAAAAAAAGAGCAAAUUUAUCGAAUAUGAUAAUGAUAUGAACUACACCAAUAAUAUCAUAUUUAAGAAUGAAAAUAACUUUUAUAACCAAGUGACUUACUAUGAAAGUAACAAUUUGUUGGUGAGAAUAAAUGGUAGUGAUAAUAGCUUGCAAGCGUUGUUAGUUAGUGCACAUUAUGAUUCAGUUCCUUCCAGCUUCGGUAUAACGGACGAUGGCAUGGGCAUUGCAUCCUUAUUGGGAAUACUAGAUUAUUACAGCUCAGAAGGCAUUGAUCAACCUGUGCGUACUAUUGUCUUGAACUUUAACAACAAUGAAGAAUUUGGCUUAAUGGGUGCUACUUCUUUCUUACAUCAUCCAUGGUUUAAGCAAGUCAAAUACUUUUUGAAUCUUGAAGGUACAGGGGCUGGCGGUAAAGCAGCGCUAUUCAGAGGCACAGAUUAUGGGAUUGUUAAAUAUUUUAAGCAUGUGAGAUAUCCAUUUGGAACGUCUUUAUUCCAACAGGGAUUUAAUAAUCAUCUUAUCCAUAGCGAAACUGACUAUAAGAUAUAUAAAGAAAAUGGCGGAAUAAGAGGGAUUGAUUUGGCAUUUUAUAAGCCUAGAGAUAUAUAUCAUACGGCAGGUGAUAAUAUUAAAAAUAUUGACAUUAAAUCAAUGUGGCAUAUGUUAUCCAACUCCUUAGAUUUUGUUGGUAUUGUUUCCUCCCUGCGUAUUGAUUUGGAUGAUGAAGAUUCUUCUUCAGACUCUGAUGAAACAAGUCGUGAAUUUGCCAUCUUCUCGAGCUUCUUUAAUUGGUUUUUUGUUAUUCCUGUUUCGCAAGUAGUGUUUAUCAGUGCUACUUGCUUAGCUGUAAUUCCGUUAUUAAGUUUACCACUUUUGGUCAUUAUUUUUAACUACAAAAAAAAUUGGCACAUUGGGUUUAUUAAUGCGAUCAAAUUCCCGGUAUCCCUUGGUAUUUCCAUUUGUAUCCUAAACAUCAUCACUCACAACUUCAUUGCAUCGGUCAAUGAGUUUUUGCCUACUUCUUCGUAUGGUUCGAUUGUGACUACUUUGUAUACCUUAUUUUUGUUGCUAAAUUACUUAAUUUUGAAUGGUAUUAACUAUAUCUUUAGAGGAUAUAAGGGAUUAUAUCACGAUGAAAAAUUGAUACUAAUAAUUCAAACUUCGUUUAUUUAUUGGGUUUUAUUGAUAGUUUCAACAAGCAAGCUUUCAAAUAAUAAAAUUGGGCAUGACCAUACAGGAGAAUUCCCUUUAAUUAUAUUAUUUUUGUUGCAGUCGAUUGGAGCAUUAUUUGGCCUUUUAAGCUGGUCUUUCAAGAAAACUAGCCGUGCUAAUCUUCAAAAUAAUGAUGAUGAGGCAUGCCAGGCAUUGCUUUCCCAGGAAGUGCAUAACAACUAUGGUUCUAAUGAAGCUGAACUUUCCGAAUCAGGGGAGCCUAUUCUGUCAAACUCAUCCUUGUCCUUAAAUACUACACUUUCACAAGUUACAAAUAAUCUAGUUAAGAAUUUGCGUAAGUCAUUCAGCUAUGACUGGUCUAUUCAAUAUAUUGUUAUUGUCCCUUUAUCUUCAUUGAUUAUUUAUAACACAGGCUCGUUAUUAUUGAGUGGAUUGAAUAAGUCGAUUCAAGAAUCACUUAAUGCAGAGAAGUUGAUUUUUGACUUAAUUCAGUUAGUUGCAAUAGCCUUAGCUAUACCAUUCUUACCAUUCAUUUUCAAGAUUAAUAGACUCUUGGUAACGGCCUUGGUCUUAGUUCUUUGCCUGGGUUUCAUAAGUAUAUUUUUUACACCAGCCUUUGAUCAAUUGAAUCCUUUAAAAUUAAGAUUUAUUCAAUCUAUUAACUUAGAUUACUCGUCAGAUAUAAGUGUUGUUAACGUUUUUGGAAGAUAUGGAUCUCCUAUGAGCAAUGUUUUACUUGAUUUACCGUCUCUAAAAGAAUCUAACGAAACUUUAGAAUGUAAACCUUUACAAGAUGGCAUGCAGACAUGUUCAUAUAAGACUUCCUUACUGCCUCAUAUAUCGCCCGAUUUAACUGACUUUAAUGAUUAUUUGGAUGUACAGAUUUUGAAAAAUUCCUCUUCCGAUUAUCCAUACGGUUUAUUAUCAGGAGAAAUAAGGAUAAAAGUCCCUAAAAAUAGAGUUUGCCGCUUAUCAUUCAAUAAUUCGAACUUUGAAAAUUCCAAGCAGAGCCUAGUCAGAACUAUAUUAGUAUAUGAAGACAAAAGUUACGAUAAUGCGUCAAAUGAAGGAGGGCCGUUUGAAGCAUCUGGUCUUCAGGUAGCUAGUAUUCCAGAGGGCUUCUCCAGAGAUAAAAAAGGAACCUAUAUAUUUAAAAAUUUGAAUGGAAUCGAUAAGCUAGAAUUAAACAAAUUGUCUUGGGAUAAACCUUAUCAUGUUGGAUUCCAGUGGAUGCCAAAAUUCGUGGAUUCUGUCCUGGCUAAAAAUGAAAAUGACAACUAUCCACAUAAAACAGACUUUAAUAAUUUAGGAAUACAUAUUGAAUGCUUUUGGGGUGAUUUAAAUUACGACAAGAAUGAGAGCAAUACAGAGGAAAGAAUCCCAGCGUACAGUGAAGUAUUACACUACAGUCCUAAUUAUGUUAGCUGGGCUAAUAAAGAAAGUGGUUUGGUUUCUGUUCUGAAAUAUAUUGAAAUCUAA